UCUAGUCUGGCCACACUUUCGCCUGGUAUCUGUCAUAUUUUUAGCAAACUUCAAAAGACAUAGAAAUUGCAGCUGCUGUUGCUUAAAACGACAUCAAGUUGCAGUUUACAGAUAUCAACGAAAGUAUUAACAAAUCAGGAUAUACAAAACCACUACAAAUACAACUCCACAGGCAGCUCUAUACAUCACCCCCGCCCCAAUCGCAACGUACACCAACUUUAGCUCCGGCUCCAGCACCCAGCACCAGCGACAGCGACAACAGCUUUAACUUCACUACACUCCAUUCAUUUGAUUCCACUCCAGCAAGAUGUCAUCACGUAAAACCGCCGGUCGUCGCGCCACCACUAAGAAGCGUGCCCAGCGUGCCACCUCAAAUGUUUUCGCCAUGUUCGAUCAGGCCCAAAUAGCCGAAUUCAAGGAGGCCUUCAAUAUGAUUGAUCAGAAUCGUGAUGGUUUUGUGGAGAAAGAGGAUUUGCACGACAUGCUUGCCUCGUUGGGUAAGAAUCCCACCGACGAUUAUCUUGAUGGCAUGAUGAAUGAGGCACCGGGGCCAAUUAAUUUUACCAUGUUCCUAACAUUGUUUGGUGAACGCUUGCAGGGCACCGAUCCCGAGGAAGUGAUCAAGAAUGCCUUUGGCUGUUUCGAUGAGGAAAAUAUGGGUGUAUUACCCGAGGAUAGAUUGCGGGAGCUGUUAACUACCAUGGGUGAUCGAUUCACCGAUGAAGAUGUCGACGAAAUGUAUCGUGAGGCUCCCAUUAAGAAUGGACUUUUUGAUUAUCUCGAAUUCACACGCAUUCUCAAGCACGGUGCCAAGGAUAAGGAUGAGCAGUAAAACACUGCGGAUUGCUCUUGCCUUUCCCAUCCCCCCCUCUCUUCCUCACAACAAAUUCAACAUAAUUCACUCCAAAAUGUUUAAAUAUUAUGUCUACCUUAUAUUAUUUUUUUCCAAUUUUUUUUUGUUUUGUUCCAUUUUAUUCUGUACUUACCUUUUGUGCAUUUAACUACAUUUAAAAAUGAAAACUGAAAACACAAAACGAUAAAAAAAAAUGUUAUGUACCAUAUAUCUUUAUGAUAUAGAAGCAUACAAUAUAUAGAUUUGUAAUUGCAGUGUGUGAGUGUCCAGAUAACACCAAUUUUUUCCCGAUGUUCCAUAAGUAUUAACUCAUUGAAUAUACAUACAUAUAAAUAUUAAUAUAUAUAUAUACAUAUGUAUUGUCUAUAUACAAAAUACAUACAUACCAACAACAAAACGAAAGGAAACCUAGAGUCCUACUUACAUCAAAGAAUGUGGCAAUAAAGUGUUGUUUCUUUUUUUAACACAUAGGAAA